AUGGAGCCGACCGCGACCGCCGUCCCCGACCAGUGCAACCGGGAGGACUACAUCACGCCGGCUAGGAAGAACGAAAAGGACCUCGAGGUCCAACUGGUGCUGUCGCUGGUGCUCGGCGUCUCGGCCUUUGUCACCUUUUGCGUACUCCGCACGCGAUGGCCGUCACUAUACGCUGCUCGAAAGCGACGCCUCGACCCCAAGAUUGGCUUGCCCGAGCUGCCAAACACCUUCUUUGGAUGGAUACCGAAGCUCUACAAGGUGACGGAGGAGCAGAUCCUGGCGUCGGCUGGUCUCGAUGCGUUUGUGUUCCUGACAUUCUUCAAAAUGGCCGUCCGGCUAUUCAUGACCAUGGCCUUCUUUGCCGUUGUGGUGCUCCUUCCCGUCAACAAAUGGUACAGAGGGUUUGGGCCUAGCUUUAUGAGACCCGGCAACGGCAGCGACAGCCAUGACGUCCUCCUCGGCCGUUCAUCCCCGCGCGGCAUAGAUGCUGAUCUCCUCAGUGUUGGGCACAAGGACAAGAGCGGCGAGAGGUCUUAUCUUUGGGCAUACGUUGUCUUUACAUAUUUCUUCGUCGGCCUCACCAUUUACUGCAUCAACCUCGAGACAUUUCGCAUCAUCAAACUUAGACAAGACUACCUCGGAUCGCAAUCGACAGUCACCGACCGUACCUUUCGACUCACUGGCAUACCCCUGAAGCUCCGCUCGGAAGAGAAGCUUAAGAAGCUCAUUGAGAAGCUCGAGAUCGGCCUUGUCGACACUGUCACCCUCUGUCGCAACUGGAGCGAACUGGAUGAACUGAUGCAAGAACGAGACCGAGUGUUGCGGAAUCUGGAGACUGUCUGGGCAAGACAUUUGAGGCACCAACAGGCCCUCUCCAAGAGCCACAGCGAUGCGACCCAAACUUCCAACGACGACGGCGACGCCGCCAACACACGCGGGUACGGCGGCGACGAAGAGUCUGGCGAGAACGAGCGCCUUCUCGAGAGCGACCCGAACCAGCCACACAUCACCGAAGGCGACCGGCCGCAGGUCAUCAUUCGAUACGGGCCGCUGAACUUGCGAAGGCGCAGGGUCGACGCCAUCGACUACUACGAGGAGAAGCUCCGAAGACUCGACGAGAAGGUGGCGGUGGCUCGAAAGAAAGAGUACGAGGCUACCGACAUGGCGCUCGUGACCAUGGACUCGGUCGCGUCUUGCCAGAUGGUUAUCCAGGCCAGGAUAGAUCCUCGGCCUGGCCGGCUGCUGACCAAACCCACGCCGUCUCCGUCCGACCUAGUCUGGAAGAACACUUAUGCUCUUCGAGGCGUCCGCAGACUGAAAUCGUGGGCGGUCACCCUCUUCAUCACAUUUCUGACGCUGCUUUGGAUCUUCCCCACGGCAUUCCUCGCGUCAUGGCUCAGCAUAUGCACCGUCAACAAAUACUUCCCCGGACUUGUGGCAUGGCUGGUGGAGCACCCGAUCUUCUACUCCCUCUUCCAGAAUGGCGGCCCAACCCUGGUGGUGUCGUUGCUCAACGUCGCCGUGCCGUACUUGUACGACUGGCUGUCCAACCACCAGGGCAUGAUUUCCCAGGGCGACGUGGAGCUGUCUGUCAUUUCCAAGAACUUUUUCUUCACCUUCUUCAACACCUUCUUCGUCUUUGCUAUUUCGAAAUCCGGAUUCGACUUCUUGAACGUGCUGCGGGACUUUCUCAAGGACACGAGCAAGAUCCCGGCGGCCAUCGCAGCUGAUGUGGAGGACUUGUCCAUCUUCUACAUCUGCUUCAUCAUGCUUCAAGGCAUCGGCCUGAUGCCGUUUCGCAUCCUCGAGAUUGGCAGCGUUUUCCUGUCCCCGUUCUACCGCAUGACGUCGUCGACACCGCGCGACUUUGCCGAGCUACAGAAGCCCCCUACCUUUCAGUACGGCUUCUACCUGCCCGUGGCGUUGCUCGUGUUCAAUCUCUGCCUCAUAUACAGCGUGCUGCGGUGGGGCUUCGCGAUACUCAUAUUCGGGAUGAUUUAUUUUGCCCUCGGUUACUUUACCUUCAAGUACAUGUUGCUUUACGCCAUGGAUCAGCCGCAGCACGCGACCGGUGGUGCGUGGCGCAUAAUCUGCUACCGCAUCGUCAUCGGCCUGGUCGUGUUUGAGGUGGUCAUGGUUGGUCAAAUCGCAUCGCUGGCAGCGUUUGUGGCAUCGGUGGCCGUGUUCCCGCUGAUACCCUUCACCAUAUGGUACAGCUAUUACUUCAAGCAGCGCUUCGAGCCGCUGACCAAAUAUAUUGCGCUGCGGGCCAUCAAGUCCAGCAAUGGCGGCGUGGACAACGAAGAGGCGGUGGACGAUGAUUUUGACGAAGCUGAGGGCGAGUCGCGGCAGGAGACGCAGGCGAUCCUCCGCAGGGGCAGCACGCUCGACGAAUUCAAGGAGAAGGGCUUGAUGUUUGUGAACCCAAGCCUUGUCGUGCCGCUCCAGCAACCGUGGAUCUACCGGGACCCGCCGCCGCCGAUACGAACGGAAGGAACGGAGACGGAUGGGGCUUCGAGCCAGGAGGGGCCGGUGCUGAUUCUGCCGAAUGCGGACAGCUCCCUGGGAAUUGGGGAGGAUAAUGUGUGGAUGGACAGCGGGAGGAGGGCGGACUGA